AUGUUACUCAAAGUUCAUAACAUUAGAACUGCUUCUGCUGGGCCUGUGGGAGUGUUUUUCCUUUGUCACUUAGUGGCAUUUUCACUCGUAUUAGGGAUUAUCAAAUCCUGGAAGAUACCGUUUGCUGAAUUGAACAAUAAGAAUAUCAAUGCUGCAUCUGUCUACAGAAAUGAACCUGUUUACAAUUCCAUGAGAGAUGGCAAGACAAAUGACUUUACAACUUCAGAGUAUAACAUCAGUGAUACAACAUUGGCUGAAUAUUACAGGCUUUACAUCAAUGAAUACUGUUCUGGGAUCCACUUGCAAACAGGUUGGAGUGAGAUUCAAUGUUUCUAUUGGAACACAGUGUAUGGAAUUGAUGAGAUCUACACUGACAGAAAUACCAAUAUUGCAACAAGUACUCUAGGACAACCUCAAAGAGUAGAGUACUUUAUGGAUAAAACUGGAACUUCCCGGAGAUCGCUGUCCAAGUUGUUCUAUGCUCUGAUUGGGUCAAUUGUACUUGCAGUGAUCUCCUACGGCUUGUAUUGGAGUUACUUUACAAGCUUGAAGACGGGUUUCUACUGGUUUUGGAAAUGUUUUGUGUUGUGUGUUUGCUUAGUCCCUGUGAUCGAAUCUCUCGUUCUUGUUGUUGUCACGAACAACAUGUACAACAACCUCAAGGGAAGAAUCGAUGUCAAGAAUUCCUCAUCCGGUGUGAGUUCAGAGUAUAAUUACACUUUUCAAAGUCUCUGUGUUGUUAUUUUGAGCGCUGUUGGAAUUGCAUUUAUGAUAUGUCUUUUCAAUCUCUGUUGUCUACGACCUGUUUCUUCUACGGUCGAGGUUGUUGAGCAAUACGAGGAAUACCCAGAACAAGCGCCGGUUACAGCAACAAUCAAUAUAACAGCGGCACCAAUGGUCCCAACUCAAACAUCAAUAUGUCCAAUUCCAACACCACCGCCAGCUUAUGUUAAGAAUGAGCAGAAUAGACAAUGGUUACCUUGGCCAAACCAUCCAAUUGGCUUUAUGCAAGUUAAUAUGCAAGCAUUCUACCAAGCACUGCCACUUCACAGCAGCAGAAGUACAAGAACAACGACAUAUACCACUUAUUAUGAUGCUUAG